CCGCGUCUUCCCAUAUAAGUUGAUCCGCGGCUUCUAUAUCGGUGUGGCGAAGCCAGCGCCUCGGUUAGCGUGGAAUCGGCGUUAUUUUAGCUGACGAAUCGAUAUUCCGCUCAAAUAUUGACUUCGGGAUAGUGCGGUGUGUCGCAGGCCAGGCAAGCAGGCGAACCCCCGCUCGGGUGGCAGCGAUGCUCCUUUGAGGACCGUGCGAGUCGUCUGCGAGGAUCCAAGGAACCCCGAGGGCCCCUUUGAAGCCCAGGACUGGUAUCUCGGCGACUCUCCCAGGCCAUCGCCACUGAGGGCUGCGUGCGCCCCUGCGAGCCCUCCUCGUCUACCCGACGAUGAUCGCCGCGGCUUCGCCCUCGGGCCUCGCGCUCGUCUUCGCCUUCGCCCUCGCCCUCGCCCUCGUCCUUGCGCCCUCCGACGUCAGGGCGCUCGACGAGGUCGCCGCCGCCUCCUUCGGCGACCGAGCAGUUCCCAGAUUGGAAUUGGAGAGCCUAGAGAGUGGCUACCAUGGCCUCGUUAAGGAAAACGAGACUUUGGUCGAGGUAACACCACAGAUACGCGCGUCAGGAGCUAAGGUCUGCUCCUUCCGGAUCGCGAACAAACACCAUGGCGAAGCACCCUUCGAGAUCAUACCGAAGGAGAAGAACACCGCGGAAUUGAGAGCCAUUAGGGUCUUAAACUGCGAAAAGAGACGCAACUACAAGUUCGACAUCGCUGCUGUCGGAUGCAAUGGAGUGCAAUCCGAAAACGCAACCGUGCACAUCACAGUGGUCGACGUAAACGAGUACGCCCCUCAGUUCCUGCAACCAGCCUACGUCAGCACCGUCGAUGAGGGUCGUCUCUACGAGGAAGUGGUGCGAGUGGAGGCUUCCGACCGCGACUGUACGCCCAAAUUCGGUGACGUUUGCAAGUACGAGAUCCUGACGGCCGACCAACCGUUCGUGAUCGACAACGAUGGCGCGAUCCGUAACACCGAACCCCUGGACUACGAGCGCUCCCAUAACUACAUCCUCAGCGUGGUGGCAUACGACUGCGGCAUGAAACAGUCAGCCCCGGCGAUGGUUACGAUCAAGGUCAACCGAGUCUGCUCCCCAGGUUGGAGAGGAAUUCCAGAGAGAGUGGACUACGCCCCAGGAGUAGGAUCUCAGUCCCUGCUGCCUUCGGCGCGCCUGGAACUUUGCGACGCCCCUUGCAUCCUACGGAACCUGAGGGUAACCCUGACUUUGGCCACGGACCACAUCGGCAAGGGUUGCGACCGAGACACCUAUGGAGUCCGCAGCCAGCGCAAGCUCUGCGGAGCCUCCAGAGACAGCGUGGACCUUCUUCCUACCCCUGGACCGGCCUCUUCCUGGACCUCUGGCCUCUCCCGAGACGAAGGCAGGGAAGCCGACGAGAUAUUCGAGUUCGACGGAGCCAGCUCUGCCGCCAUCGUGCCUAACGACGUGCUCGACCACUCCCUGGCGAGGAAGUUCAGCAUCGGAGUCUGGGUGAAGCACAGGCCGAGGCCCAGGCAGGAUCCCCACGUCAAGGAGCACAUCCUCUGCGCCGCGGAUGACCACAAGAUGAACCGGCACCAUUACGCCCUCUUCAUCCGAAACUGCCGGCUGAUCCUGUUGCUGAGAAGGGACUUCUCCGAGGGCGACCCCAACAUCUUCCGGCCGGCCGAGUGGCGCUGGAAGCUGGCGCAGGUGUGCGACGACAGGUGGCACCAUUACGCGAUCCAGGCGGACUUCCCCCGAGUGUCGCUCUUCGUGGACGGCGAGGAAUGGAGGGCGGACGAGAAGAACCCCGAAGUGAUCGACGACUGGCCGCUGCAUCCCGCGAAGGACGUGAACACGACCCUGGCGGUGGGGGCGUGCUGGCAGGGCUCCGACAACGGGACCAAGCACCACUUCAGGGGCUACCUGGCGGGGCUGUCCGUCCUGGUGGGCCGCAACGAGAAGCCCGACGUGCUGGCCUGUCUGCGGCGGUGCCAGGAAGGAAUAAGGGUGCCGUCGAUGGACCUGCUGCAGCCGGGCACGCAGCUGCUGACCAACUCGGACCUGACGGAGGUGCGCAUCGACGGGGACAACCGGACGAACGUGGAGGCGCUGCUGCGCCGAGUGGGCUACUCGAAUUCCCGGCGCUUCCCGACGCCCGGACGACGCAACUUCCGACUGGAGACGAGCGUGGCGUGCGAGGGCCCGGGGGCUAGGCCCCUGCCCAUCCCCGCGGCGCAGUCCUACGUGACCGUGCUGCCGCCCCCCAGGCCCGGCAUCUCCGUCAACGGGAGCGGCUACGCCGCCCGCGAGUACGCCGAGUUCCGGCUGGGCGUGCGCGUGUUCCCCGACGCCCGGGUGACGGCCGGGUCGGCGGCGCGCCUCGACGCCUGCGCGGUCAGCGUCUACCCCAGCCUGAACCCCGACCACGAGAGCCUGGGUCUGCCGGCCGAGGCGCUGCGCCACUCCCGGCUCAUCUCCGCGCGCAUCGACCGCGACGGGGUCGUCCUCUCCGGGGCGGACACGCCGCGCAACUACCAGCAGCUCAUUCGGCUCAUCACCUACGCGAACCGCAAGCCGGCCUACUACCUCGACAGGGUCUUCAAGCUGACGUGCUCGGAGCUGAGCGGCCGGUUCGCCAGCAACGAGUACGUGCAGACGCUGGCGGUGAUCCACCCCAAGGAGGCGACCACGCCCGGGGUGUCCCGGGCCCCGGCGCCGCCGGCCGUCGUGCACCUCCCCGAGCCCGCCCCGGGCCACGCGCGCCUCUCGCCCCACCACGCCGACCUGCCCGAGGAAUACGCCACCCCCGCGGUGCCGCGCGCCGCCGCCCCCGGCGGGGGCGGCCGCGCCGUCACCCUGGUCGCCGCCGCCUGCGUCGGCUUCCUCCUGCUGAUGGCGGCCGUGGGCGCCGCCCGCGUCCGCGGAGCCGCCCGCCGACGCCGCGCCGCCGGCGACGAGCUCGCCGCCGAGACCGAGAUGGCCUGGGACGACUCCGCCCUGGCCAUCACCGUCAACCCGAUGGAUCGCGUCGCCGAGCAGCGCGCCGCCGCUCGCCGACCCGCGCCGCCCGACGACGACCCCUACGACUCGGCCAGCACCGACUCCGAGGACGGCUCCUAUCGGGCCGACGACCUCGACACCUCGGACUGCGAGAACGACUCCGAGAUCAACGAGCACCGCCGCCAGGCCCACCCCCAUCACCACCAUCGCCGGGCCCGCCGCGACUCGCCCCACGACCUGGAGUGGGACCACCGCGACGUCUAAUCUCCCGUCCUCCGUCCCCCGUCCCCCGCUCGUCGCCGCCCUCUCUCUCCCUCUCCGCAUCCGUCCCCGUAGAUGGCGAGUCGAACGUCGGACGAGAUCCUCGUCUCGAGCGAGCGACGCGGGAUCAGGCCGCGCGUCUUCUCAUAUUCCUCAAACUCGCCUCCCUCUCAGUUUUCUUUUCUCGCGCGCGCGUUGACUCCACCGUCUUCUCCCUUUCCACCGCGCGAGCGCUUCUUCGCGACUGAUUUUGCUAGACGGAGGAGACUUGGAGAAUUCGCUGAUAGGGUUCCUCGGCCUAAAGCUCCGCGACCGCGCCUGGCGAUCCCGCGAUUCCGCCGUUUUACAGAAAUUCGACCGAUUCGGGCCGCGCGUCUGUCCGCCAUCUUGGCUCGCGCAAGAACGCACGCACAAGUUUUUAUACGGCCAGGCCGCCUACCCCUUUCUUCGUACCUAUACGUUUAGGUAGACCCUCGACCUCGUUGUCUCCCCCUAGGAUCUUUUCUACGGCGUUUCCGCGCGCUCGCGUUUCCUGGAGAAUCUUUCUUUUUCUCGAACAAAACGGUGAGUCGCGCCAACGCUUCCCUUUUCUUUCCCGCUUUAUCUUCCUCCGAGGCCCUUUCUUUUUUUCUUCCCCCUUUUAAGGCGAUUCGCGUCCCCUCGCACGCGUUGUACAGAUCGAACGAGGGAAAGUAUACGGCGUGCCGUCUCUCCUAUGAACCGAGCGGACGCGCUUUUCUCGCCUCUCCCACGUUUACCUGUAAUCAAGGAAAGGCGAAAAUCGUGAAUUACGCAGGAAUGCGUAUACAAAAAAUACGGCACACAAAACCCGUAAUACCGGGCGAGUCGACGAUUCGUUUUAGCCGCUUUUAAUUCCGUCGCAACGUCGGACGCGUUUCUAUUCUCAAUUAUGUGCAUUUAUUUUAAACUCUCGACUCGCCGUUUUACGCAUUUACCCUAUGGAUUCCUUUUACGCGGAUUCUAUAGGCGAUCGAUUUUAUCGCGAAAGGAGGAAAGGACGCGCUUCCUUCCGUUCCCUAUUUUUUUUUUUAAUCCCUCUACAAGAAGCUUUUACCGCGAAUUAUCCUGCAUUCGUUAUACCGCCGUGCAUAUAAACGGGCUUUACCCGCCGAGGAGAACCGUAUGUGCACGUGUUAUGCGAGGGAGACGCAGAAAUAUAUAUAUAUAUAUUAAUAUACACGUACACACCUACACACGGCACACGCACGCUGAUGAGAUACCUACUAUUGAGAGAUCACGUAUCGAUAUCUAUAUUGUAAUAGAAUGUACGAGACAAUUUAUUUUUUCAAGGCGCGUAUCAUAUCAUUUUUAUAAGAGGUCUGUCGUAUUCGAUCGUUUUUCCCGUGGAUCCUUAAUCGUAGAAUUAGUGUCGUUCGUUAUCACCGAAUCGAGCCCGCUGAUAAAGAGGGCGACUUCGACCCGUGUCGAGAACUUAUAUUUCUUUCCCUCCAAUUUCUCAUUAAUUAACCUGCCCGAGUUCCGUCACCGCCUCCUCGAGCUUCGCUAUCGAUUAUUAAUCCUUUUCGCAAUAAGCGCUCCUCCCUCGCACGUAAGAUUAAUCGUUGUUGCACUUAGCGUUAAUUGUUAACAGUCCCCACUUCUUCCUCGCUUAUUUCCGUCAGGUCAGUGUUUCGGUUCGCUCCGCGGAUUAACCCCCGAUUAAUUUUUUCGUUUUCUCCCAAUUAACGGGGCGACAAAAGUUUGAUCAUCGGUCGUUGAUCGUUAAUUCCUCCGCCAUAUCGCAGCGAUUUUAUUCGCUCCCUCGGUUUUGCUUCCUCCCCGUAACGGUGCAACAACGACUUCGGCCGUAAUUAACGUGGCGUUAAUUUACAUUUCCUUAUUUCUCGUAUCGUUUUUUAAGUCGAAUCCGCGUGUACACGUUCCAAGGAAAUUGGACAGUAGGGUACGAUAUGGAGAUAUGCAAGAGUUUCGUACACGAUGUGUGUCACCUAUGUAAAACUAAUCUUCCGUUCGGGGGAGAGAGAGAGGGAGAGCUGGACGGACCUUCCUCUUUCUCUUUCCCCUCCCCGAAGGAGAAAAAUGGAGAAAGUUGUGCACUGCUUAAGAAUUAAUGGAAACAAAAAUCGAACGUCCCCCGUCUGACAGCCGAGAGAUCUAUCCGCUGUACUAUAUAAAAAAAAUAUAUAUAUAUACCUAGAUUAUCGUGCGACCGCGGAAAGAAAGGAAACGGAGAGAAGUGGGAGAAAAUGGAGGAAACGCGGAAAGAACUCGCAGUCCGGAUCUGGACGUCUCGUUCUCGCGCCGCUUUUCCUUUUCCCUGUUUUCCAAAAUUUUCUCACGCCUAUCUAAUGAUCAUCGCGAUCAACGAGCGAAAGUAGAAAAAGAGAGGAGUGAAAUUCUCGUCGCGGGUGCAAUAUUUAUAACCAGUACCUAUACGCGAUUAAUUAAUCAAUCAACGCCAUGUACUUAAUUUCGUUACGCACGCCCAGUCGUUAAUACUUUAGGUCGCAAAAUGUAACUCGCGCGAGUGUAUGCUAAUUUUAAAUUUUACAUGUAAAAUUAUUCGCGUUAAAAAAAAAAAAAAGAUAAUGUCGUACGUCACCGCCAAUUGCCGAUUGCGAUACAUCGGUAUCGAAGGUUGCCGAGUCGGGACUAAAUUUGUACCUUUUUUUUUUUUUUUAACAUAAGCCUUGAUUAAUCUUUAAUCCUCGGACGAUCCGCUUAAGCAAGGUUUACCGCGUUCUUGCCAGGUCGUCGCCGUGAUUUCGCGCGACGCGUAGAGACGAGAGCAAAAAAGAGAAAAAGGCAACUCGCGGUGCGCGAACGAGACGCGCCACGUGGGCGCUUAUAGGGAUAAGAGAGGGAAUUCCUCGAUAAUGCACCUUAUCGGAACGGGGACUCGAAUCCUGCAGGAGUCCUGCCACUCGUAUGUACGCCUAUCCCUAGGGACGAGUUUCUCUCCCGAUGGGAUACCUCGUCGUCGAUUUCCGUCAGUAUGCCCUCUCUGCAAACAAGGAAUUAUCAAUACAAUAACCCGUCUAGGUGUGCGCACCUAAAGAAUGUACUUAAUAACUGUAACGAGGAGGAGAAGAGAUACUACAGCUAGGUCCUAUAUAUAUAUAUAUAUAUCACCGUAUUUUGUAGGCAGCUAAUAACACAUGUAUGUACAUAUAUAUAUGCGCGGUGUCGUUUCGUUGGCUGGCUGUUAUCACCUCCGUUCGAUUAGACCGAGCGCCCGAUUUUACUGCACCGUCGAUUGUCGGAGAAGUAUCGUUAGAGUUAGGAGCACCGUGAAAACGUUUACCCGUGGACGUGAACUACCGAACAAAUGGCGUCCGACGCGAGGGAAGGAUCGCCAGGCGUGGAAAAA